AUGCCACUCUUUUCUUCCCGUCCUGAAGGACAAUUACUGACCAUAUGCACGCGGUGCUCACUAUCACAGACCCCUGUUCCGUCGUCAUGUAGAAUAACGACACAAGCGUUUCGCUCAGUCCGUUGGUCGUCUGCCAAUACAUCCACCCAACUGAAAUCAGAGAUUAAGCCGUGCUGGAAAGAUCGAAUCGCACAGCUUAAAGAUGUUUAUCCAGACCCAUAUCCCCGGCUGUCAGUUGACAAACGGUCGAUCAGCUGCGACGAAUUCCACACCAGAUAUAACUCCCUAGUACCGAACGAGACCGCAGAGCAGGACAAAGUGGUUAUCUGUGGCAGAAUCCAGUCUGCGCGGAGUGCGGGGAGCAAGUUGAUAUUCCUUGAUCUCGUGCAAAAUGGCCGGAAGGUGCAGAUCCUGUGCAAUCAGCGGCAUAUGGAUGCCAUGGGCGUGACACCGGAGAAGUUUAAGCAGUUUUACCAUCUGCUAAGGCGGGGAGAUGUUUUAUCUGUCAUAGGAAACCCUCACCGAACGGGCCGCGGUGAACUGUCCGUAACCGUCUCCGAACUGCCCAAGCUCAUCACACCAUGUCUACACGACAUCCCACUGCGGGUCAAAGAGCAAGAAACUUCUCCGUAUGAUAGACACGUUCAGCUGCUCUCCUCCCCCACAGCGGUUGAUAUCCUUCGAACCCGGUCAGCCAUCAUCCAAUACAUACGCAACUUCUUCUUCAAUCGGUCGUUCAUGGAGGUGGAAACCCCAAUACUUGCUUCUGUCGCCGGCGGUGCGGUAGCCAGGCCGUUUCAGACAUGCGCAACUGAGUUCCCGGAGAGACCUCUGGCGCUAAGGAUUGCACCGGAGCUAUGGCUUAAACGCCUUGUUGUUGGCGGGUUCGAUAAGGUGUUUGAGAUUGGCCCGUCGUUUCGGAAUGAGGGCCUAGACAAUACCCACAACCCCGAAUUCACAACUUGCGAAUUCUACCACGCCUACGCGGACCUCGAAACACUAAUCUCCACCAGUGAAUCCCUCCUAACAGGGCUGUCCCAACACAUCCACACCCACCACCAAACCAUCCAAUCCUCCCUCUCCCCGCCACCAGCGCCCUUCACAACACCCUUCCGCCGUCUCGACUUCAUCCCGGCCCUCGAACAAGCAAUGUCCCACAAACUCCCCAACCUCACACCAACCUCCACCAACAACCCAGCGACCCAAAUCCACGAGCUAUUUAACAACCAUCUCAACCAGCCCCUCCCCUCCAACCCCACCCUCCCCCGCCUCCUCAACCGCCUAAGCUCCAUCUACCUCGAGCCCCAGUGCAAAGAGCCAACCCUCAUCAUCAACCAUCCAGAAUGCCUCUCGCCGCUCUCGAAAUCAUUCAUACACCCGCAAUGUGGGCAGGCGGUUGCUGCGCGGGCGGAGCUGUUCAUCGACUCGCGUGAGGUGAUGAAUAUGUACGAGGAGGAGAAUUCGCCGUUUGAGCAAAAGAGGAAGUUUGAGGUGCAGGUUGGAGUUCAGGGGAUGGAGAUAGGUGGUAGUGUUAGUUCUAAGGAAGGGGGAGGGAAGGUUGGUGAUGAGAGUUAUUUGCGGGCGUUGCAGUGGGGGCUGCCGCCGACAGGGGGUUGGGGAUGUGGGGGGCGAGGAGGAUUGGGGAUGUGUUGA